CAGUGACUUGAACUAGAAUUCGUGCAUUUUCUUGCAAAUAAGAAGAAUAAUCAUGGUUUGUUACACGGAAUAAAGAAUCCAAGAAGCAAUCGCCAAUCGCUUACUGGGAUAAGUAAUGAAGUUCAACGGCUUAGCCUUUCGGCUUCGUUACUUCAAUUUCAGUCCGUCUAUUAUUAUUAUUACUAUUAUUUUCCUAUUUUGUGCAUGGAGAUUAGGAGAUGAGUUUCUCUAAUCAAAUGCAACAGCCGAUUUAUUUUUGCCUUAGUAGCCAUUUUUCCCCCUAACAUUAAUGCCUUUUUUUUUUUUUUUAAAGAUAUAAUAGAUUUUAGAAAGGUCUGAGGGCCAGUAAAAGCAACCCAAAGCAUAUAAACUAAAAAGCAACCCAACCCAUUACAACAAAUCGUUGGAGACCCAACUAAAACCAAACCCAACCCUAUCUCAAGACACGACCCACAUGAGAGGAAGAACCGAUUCCCAGCAGAUGCAGCGCUGCAUCUCCGCAGCCGAAACCCAGGCAGACAUCCCAGAGAAGACGAGGCAAACGGGUGAGAGGAAAAACUGACGUCAAGACUUACUUAACGGUCGAUUCCUUCCAUAACACUUUCUCAGGAGGUCGAGUUGCUAGAAUGACCUUAAGAGCACCGAGAAACACACAACCUAGUUUAGAGCGUGAUCUGAACAAGGGACACUAACGGGUGGCAAGACAGAGCUCUCUUAACCCCUGUGGGUUAUGGCCAUUGAGAGACUGGUUGCCGUGAGGAGGGCGACCCACUUAACUGGACAAGGAAGGGAAGUCCCCUGCCCAGAUGGGCCAGGGUAGACCGCUUGACGGCAAAGCAAAGGAGGCCGAGUGCCUGAGGGAGAGGAAGCAAUUUCAGAUGAAAAUCUCUCUAUAACCAGUAGAGAGAGAGUGGCUACAGAAUUAGGUUCUCCCUAAUAUUAAUGCUGAGUUGGGUACAAAAAAAAUCUUAAGAAUUAUUUAACAUAACAUGUUAUGAACCCCUAGAUACUAGCUAGUGGCUCACAGUGAGAGUGAGCCAUUGCUCGCAUCCCAAGUCAAAAAGAGAAAGAAGCAAAAGCACAGGUGUUCGGUGUUCCAAUUCUUGAGCGGUAGGUUUUUAAUUUUUGGCGGAACAGGCGAGGGAUUUAAAGAAGGGAGGUUUCAGCAAUUGUAUUAAUAAAAUUCCAUUCAAUUCUUCAUGAGUAGGGUGGUCUCAGAUUAGGCUAAUAGAGUUGGCCUUCACUUAAUAACGUUUUAGACUUUUUUCGUAGGAGUAUAAACCCCAAGGAUUAAAGCGAGAAUGUCUUUAAAUUAAAGUCAAUUUUCCUUACUUCCCAAUAAGGGGAAAUGCCCAAAUAUUGAAAUCCAAAAACUCUUUGAAAAUGUGUCUGCAGCCUCAAGAGUGUAGAGAUGUGGAGGCGGGGGAAUCUGCAGCAAUGUUGGAAAGUCCUGACCUCCAGCAGGUAUUCAUUUGCAAAGUCUACUUGAUCGUAGCCAUUCAAUUGCUCCUGACAAUUAUUGGGGCGGCCACAGUAAUCAUGUCAAUUCAUUCCUUGGUCUACUUUAUUGUGAGUAGUAAUGCUGGAUUACCUUUCUACUUAGGCAUCAGCAUAACGGCAAUCACAGCAUUGUGUCUGUUGUGCUGCUCCGACUUGGCCAGUUAUCUUCUCUUUUGGGUAUUGACCACUGCUUUCGGGUUUUUGGUUGGAUUGACAUGUGCAGUUGCCAGUGGGGACGUUAUUCUUCAAAGUGCGAUUCUGGCAACUGCGAUGGUUGUGAAUCUUACUCUGUACACAUUCUGGGCAGCAAGCAGAGGCCAUGAUUUUGACUUCCUACGCCCCUUCUUGUUCGUUGCCAUUGCCAUAGUUGUGGUGUUUGGUUUGGUACAGAUUGUUUUUCCAAUGGAUAGAAUAUUUGUCAUGAUGUAUGGGUGCUUUGGUUCAAUCACAUUCUGCUGCUACAUUGUGUGCGUCACAGACAGCCUAAUUAUUAAGAGCUACUCUUAUGACAAAUACAUUUGGGCCGCAGUGUCUUUGUACGUGGACAUCAUUAAUCUCUUCCUCUUGCUGCUCACCGUCUUCAAAGCCUCUCAUUACUAAGAUCACUCUUCAGUUGUUGUGCCUCUUUGAUGUGUGCUACUGGAUCAAAAUCGUUUCAAUUCAAUGUCAUAAAAUUCCGACCUCAUCAUCAUAUUGAUAAGUCCAGUACAUUUCAACAAUUCACUUUGUGUAUGUUUGCCAGACAAUAAUGUAACAAAAUGCCGUGAAAUGAAUUUUAUGUUCACUGUUC